AUGGCAGCCCUGGAGCUCAUGCUAACGUUCUCAGACACAAUCGUCUUCACCGACUUUGAAGCAACGGAUCGCGAUCAACCGGGGCCGAACAGUUUUAUACUUUAUUCGAUAGCUCAAGGUGCACACUCCGAUCUUCUUGAAAUUGCUGACCCUUUCCGUCCAGUAGUUACGAUAAAGAACAAUCAGCUCGUCGUUGAGCCAGAGGCAAUUAAGGCUCGUGACGGUGACGAACUGGAUGCCGACAUUGAGUAUGGGAUCUUUGGAGAGUUCUCAAAUCAUUUCUCAAUCAAUAACGAUGGAGAUAUUAUCGUGACGUUGAGCCCUCCACCUCCUCGAGCAACGUUUUUCGUUUAUGCUCGCGAAAAAGGCAAUCCAGAGAAGAACGCCACCGCAAUCGUUUCUGUCUCGCUUGAAAAGUCAAUACGAUUUGAGCAUGAUUCCUACUCCCUCAGGGUAACACCGUCCAUGCCAAUGCAUACUGUUUUGCUCACAGUGAAGGCAUUUUCGAGUCAAGGUGCACCAGUUCGCUAUUCACUGGGGAAUGUGAAUGCUGUUGUGUCCGUGGGCGAAACUACUGGACAAUUGACAUUCGCUGGACUACCAAAAGUGAAAGCAGGGAUUCUUCAGUAUGAGUUACUGGCCACAAAUCGAUUAGAGACUACGAAAGCGAAACUGACGGUGGUGGUUGAGUCCGAGUCGGGUUGCUGUUCACGGAUGGAAUUCGAGAAACCGGAAUACCAUCUACAGAUGGGUUCAUUCCCUGUGAUCGGUACCAUCAACGUUCGUGGACAACAAAAGCCAAAUUACAGGCUCAUGAAUAUGAACAAGUAUUUUCUCGUCGACCAGGAUGGUGUGGUACGCCUUCAACUCGAAUCACGUCCACCUUGUGCCACAUGUGAAUUGGUUGUUUUGGCUACAAGAGACGAUGGAGCUACAAGUGUGGCAAAGGUACUUUCAGAUCACUAA